UUAAGGAUUUUCAAGAUAUAUAUCUAUUUAAAAAAGCUUUUCUUUUUUAUCUAAAAACGAUGAACCCUAUAGAAAAUAUACCUGAAGAAAUACUAGAAAAACUUAAUGAACUACAAAUGUUUUCAUUAGAUAAGAAAAAACUAGAUCAUAUUAUAGAUUAUUUCAUUGAAGAAAUGAAUAAAGGUUUAUCAAAAGAAGGAUCAAGCAUUCCUAUGCUUCCUACUUGGAUUGUAGGAUAUCCUGAAGGAAAUGAACAUGGCACCUAUUUAACUCUUGAUAUAGGAGGCACUAACUUUAGGCUAUGUAAAGUUACUUUACUUGGAGAUAGAAAGUUUGAUUUAGUACAAUCAAAUUAUAGUAUUUCUAAAGAGUUAAAACAAAGUGAUUCAGAUCAGUUUUUUAGUUUUAUAGUACAAAAACUUAAAGAAUUUUUAAAAGAACACAAAAUUGAAGAAAAUAUACAACUCGGAUUUACUUUUUCAUAUCCAUGCAAACAAGAUAGAAUUAAUCACGGAAUUCUUAAAAAUUGGACAAAAGAGUUUAAUGUAAAAAAUGUUGAAGGGCAUGAUGUCGUUGAACUUUUUGUUAAAGCAAUUAAAAAAGAAAAUAUCCUGGUAGAUGUUGCAGUCUUAAUCAACGAUACUGCUGGUACGUUGAUAGCAUCGAAUUAUGUUGAUAGUGAAACAAAGCUUAGUGUAAUUUAUGGCACAGGAUCUAACGCAUCAUACAUGGAACAGGUAAAAUACAUUCCAAAAAUUCACCACAUGAAUUUGCCACCCGAUCUUCCUAUUGUUAUAAACUGUGAAUGGGGUGCAUUUGAUAAAGAAAAACAAGUUCUUCCGUGUACAAAGUAUGAUAUUCAACUUGAUCUAGAAUCUAAACAUCCAGGACAACAAACGUUUGAAAAAAUGAUAUCUGGAUUUUAUCUAGGAGAAAUCAUGAGGCUAAUUUUAUUGGAUUUAUAUGAAAAAAAAUUGUUUUUUAAAAAGCAAUGUAUUAAAACCAUCGAAAAACCAUACUCUUUUCAAACACCAUAUUUAAGUCUUAUCGAACUUGAUCCUCAUGAAGAUCUUAUAGAAAUACACGAGUAUAAAUAUCUAUCUAUGAUUAUUAUCGUUUUAUAUAAUCCUUUUAGACUUUUCAAAACACAGUUUCAUAUAGAAUGUACAAUAUCAGAAAGGAAAGUCAUAAAAGAAAUUGCAAAAUUAAUAUCAAAACGAUCUGCAUAUCUCUCUGCAUGUGGAAUUGCAGCAAUUUGUAAGAAGAAAAACAUUAAGAAAUGUUCUGUAGGUACAGAUGGUAGCAUAAUAAACAAAUAUCCUGGAUUUAAGGAACAUGUCCGUGAUGCAUUAAAAUGUAUAUUUGGACCAGAUGGAGACAAAAUUAAAUUAGUUCGUGCACAAGAUGGGAGUGGUGUCGGAGCAGCUAUAAUUACUGCUAUAACUAUUAAAAGAAAAAAAAGUAACAAUUUUAUUUUUAUUUAAUCCGUAGAAUUUACUGCUUUUUUUCACCGUGAUACAGAAAAAUAUUACAUAUUUUUUCUAU